GUCUCCACUCUCCACAGCCACCAGAGCAGACCAGACCAUCCAUGGCGACUACGCUUGCAAAUUCCACCAUAUUCUGUAAGCCUGCUCUUUCACUACUUCGUCGAAGAGGCCUAGCCUGUCUGCACUUCUCCGCCGAUAAGCUCCAAUCCCCUAAGAAGCGGGGACGACCGGUGACCGCCUCUGUUGUCGAGCUUGGAGGCGUUCGGAUUGCGAGAGAGGAAAUAGUGAAGGAUGACCCGACGAACAAUGUUCCAGAUUCGAUAUUCUCAAAGCUUGGGAUGCAACUUCAUAGGAGAGAUGAGCAUCCCCUUGGUAUACUGAGGAAUGCGAUCUAUGAAUAUUUCGACACUAACUACCCCAACAGAUUUGUCAAGUUCGACAACUUGUGCCCGAUAGUUUCUGUAAAAGCAAAUUUUGAUGAUGUAUUGGUGCCUGCUGAUCAUGUAAGCAGGAGUUACAACGACACAUAUUAUGUGGAUUCUCAAACUGUGCUGAGGUGUCAUACGAGUGCUCAUCAAGCUGAGCUGCUUAGGGAAGGACAUACUCAUUUCUUAGUUGCUGGAGAUGUGUACCGCCGAGAUUCUAUCGACUCAACUCACUACCCUGUAUUCCAUCAGAUGGAAGGUGUCCGUGUUUUUAACCCAGCUGAUUGGAAAGAAGUCGGCAUAGAUGGAACAGCAUAUGCUGCUAAAGAUCUAAAGCACUGUCUCCAGGGACUGGCAUGCCAUUUGUUUGGUGAUGUGGAAAUGCGGUGGGUGGACACAUAUUUUCCUUUCACCAAUCCCUCUUUUGAAUUGGAGAUUUUUUUUAAGGAUGAAUGGUUGGAGGUGUUGGGGUGUGGAGUGAUGGAGCAAGAGAUAUUGAAAAGAAGUGGUAGGAUAGACAAUGUUGCGUGGGCGUUUGGGCUUGGGCUGGAGCGACUAGCAAUGGUUUUAUUUGAUAUUCCAGAUAUCCGUCUUUUCUGGACCACGGACGAGCGUUUUACUUCGCAAUUUUCCGAAGGUCAGCUGGGGGUUAAGUUUAAACCAUUUUCGAAGUUUCCUCCGUGUUACAAGGACAUGAGUUUUUGGAUAAGCGAUUCGUUUACUGAAAACAACCUAUGUGAAGUUGUCAGAGGUAUUGCUGGAGAUCUUGUGGAGGAGGUGAAAUUGAUUGACAACUUUACCAACAAGAAAGGAAUGACGAGUCACUGUUAUAGGAUUGCAUAUAGAUCAAUGGAGCGGUCCCUCACAGACGAAGAGAUAAACGAUUUACAGUGGAAAGUGCGAGAGGAGGUGGAGGGCAAAUUAAAGGUUGUUUUGAGAUGAGAAGAAUUCUUGUUCAUUCAGGAGGUGUGAAACCAAUAAUGGCUUUCUUGAUUCGAAAACUAGAGAAUGGGUGGGGUGGGGAGGGGGGAGGGAUGCGGAUUGCUGAUAACUGACCACCUGCCGUAACUGUACCGUUAUCAUUCUCACCUUUUGUUGUUAUAUAAUAAUUGUUUUGCUAUCAUUCUCGCCUUUCGUCAUUACUAAUUCUACCAUUAUUACUUUGCUUUCACUUAUCGUCAUUGCUUCGUGUAAUUUUUGUCCUUGUUUACAAAGUGUAUCCGAGUGAUGGAGAGAGGGGGGUUGGUUACGCCGUGUUGAAUUGCCCCGAUCAAUAUAUAAAUAUAUAUAUAUAUAAGCUGACAAAUAUGUUGGUAGUUCAUACUUGUAGAAAUGUUGUAUGAAUAUAUUUAUUGUAAUGAAAAUCAAUGAUAGCAUGUACUGUGUUGACUA